AUGGAAACUAGGGUUUUCAGUGCCAUUUUGGUGCUUGGUCUGGCUCUUUUGGCCCUGAUGAAAGUAUCAGCACUUGCUGAGGAAGGCGAGAAAGUGUUGACUUUGGAUCAUUCCAACUUCUCCGAGGUUGUGUCCAAGCACGACUUCAUCGUCGUCGAAUUUUACGCUCCUUGGUGUGGGCACUGUAAGGCACUUGCUCCAGAGUAUGAGAAAGCUGCAUUGGUACUAAGCAGCCACGAACCCCCUAUGGUUCUAGCAAAAGUUGAUGCCAGUGACGAAGCGAACAGAGAACUAGCAAUUGAAUUUCAGAUCCAGGGUUUCCCCACUGUUAAGAUCUUAAAAAAUGGUGGGAAGAACAUUCAAAAAUAUAAUGGCCCUCGUGAGGCUGAUGGUAUAGUUGAUUACUUGAAGAAACAAGCUGGUCCUGCAUCCGCUGAAAUUAAAUCAACGGAAGAUGCUGGUAGUCUGAACAAUGAGAAAAAAAUCUUUAUCGUUGGGGUGUUCCCAGAAUUUGCUGGGGAGGAAUUUGAGAAUUUUAUGGCCUUAGCCGAAAAGUUGCGAUCGGACUAUGAUUUUGGACACACUCUUGAUGCCAAACUCCUUCCUCGGGGUGAAUCAGUACAGAAGCCAACUCUUCGCUUGCUAAAGCCUUUCGAUGAACUGGUCGUUGAUUUCCAGGAUUUUCAAGUUGCUGCAUUGGAGAAAUUUAUCGAAGAAGCUAGUAUUCCUGUUGUGACUAUUUUUGAUAAAGACCCAAUCAAUCAUCCAUAUGUUAACAAAUUCUUUCAAAGUCCUAAUGCUAAGGCUAUGCUGUAUGUGAACUUCAGCAAAGAGCUUGAUUCUUUCCAGUCAACAUAUAAGGAUAUUGCCAAGCAAUCCAAAGAGAAGGGUAUAAACUUUCUGUUGGGUGACCUUGAAUUCGGUGAAGGUGCCUUCAAGUACUUAGGACUUAAAGAAGACCAGGCGCCACUUCUUAUUAUUCAGAAACCUGAUCGACAGAAGUACCUCAAGACAAACAUAGAACCUGCUCAAAUUGCACCAUGGCUUAAAGAUUACUUGGAUGGCCUAGUGAAGCCAUUCAUAAGGUCGGAGCCUAUUCCCGAAGUCAAUGAUGAACCUGUCAAGGUGGUCGUUGCAGACAGCCUUCAGGACAUGGUUUUCAACUCCGGAAAGAAUGUUCUGCUAGAGUUCUAUGCACCAUGGUGUGAAGCCUGCAAACAGUUUGCUCCAAUUUUGGAUGAAAUUGCUGUCUCCUAUACAAAUGAUCCCGAUAUCGUGAUUGCGAAACUGGAUGCAACUGCAAAUGAUGUCCCGAGGGGCACUUUCGAAGUUCAGGGAUUCCCUACUUUGUACUUCAGAUCUGCAAAUGGUAACUUGGAGCAGUAUGAAGGGAACCGAACAAAGGAGGACAUUAUUGACUUCAUUCAGAAAAGCCGGGACAAGUCUGCUCAAGACGACACAGCUGAACUAGAGUCUACCAAAUCUGAAACAGUAAAUUCAAAUUCAGCUAAGGAUGAGCUAUGA